AAAAGACACAAAACAAAAAAAGUACAGACAGCUGGACGGAAUCUAAUCUCGAGUCCCCUCCCGUCUGAAGGGCCUUCGUCCGGUGUUGUUGGCCCUUUCGUUCGUCGUCUGCUGUCUCUAGUGUUCCGCGACUUGCUAAACAGUGCUCCCACUGCCGUCGUGUCGCUUUCUCUACCCGCCUGAUUUACUACUACCGCGAUGGAUAAUCCGGCUCAGCGGUCUUCGAGGCAGUGGACAUGUUUACGCUAUGGAGGGGCACGAGCCGGCGCAGCGGCUGCGAUGACCAGCAGCGCCCCGACCCGGAGCUAGGCCCCGAUGAUGGUACAGGUCAUGGAGACGACGCUGUCCUCGACGGGCGCUGAGGGGCAGCCGCUGCUGUGCAACGGCGUGGCCGGCGCCCCGGGCAGCUCGUGGCCCCCCGAGCAGGGCGGCGGCGACUGCGCCAGCCCGCUGCACGACGGCUACCGCAAGGCCCUGAACAGGCGCGACAAGAACGGCGACCUGCUGGGCAGCGACGCGGUGAUCAGCAUCGAGCUGGCGGCGCCCGAGCGCAGCGAGCCGCGCAUCGUGCAGGAGAAGUUUAAGACCCUGGUGGCCUUCAGCUUCCUGUCCGGCAACCUCAUCCUGAACCUCACCUGCCUGGCCAUGGUGCACGAGCGCAUCCCGGACCGGACCAAGUACCCGCCGCUGCCGGACGUCUUCUUCGACCUCUUUCCGCCGCUAGACUGGGCGCUCGACGUGUCCGAGGUCAUAAUCAUCGUGUGCAUCUGGUCCACUCUGCUGCUGCUGCUCAUCCACCGCUACAGGUGGAUUAUUCUGCAGCGUGUCUUUCUCAUCAUGGGCCUUUUAUACUUUAUGAGGAGUAUUACAAUGUUUGUCACUCAAGUUCCAGUUGCUAGUACAACCUAUUACUGUUCUCCAAAAGCCAACACCACAAAUCCGCUGCUGAUACUGAAGAGGGUCGCGCAACUGCUGAGUGGGUUCGGGCUGUCCAUAAACGGCCAGCACACCUUCUGUGGAGACUACAUCUACAGCGGGCACACAGUCAUUUUAACCCUGGCCUACCUCGUGGUCAGAGAAUAUUCACCACAGCGGUGCAAGGUGGUGCACAUCACCUACCUGACACUGAGCUGUGUCGGAAUUCUCAUGGUGCUGCUCUCGCGGGGCCACUACACCGUGGACGUGGUGAUUGGCUACUAUGUCACGACAAGGCUCUUCUGGGUCUACCACACACUCGCCAACAACCAAUCUCUCAAGAACCCGUCGCAAAACAACUACCUGGCACGUGCCUGGUGGUUUUUUAUCUUCAGCUACUUCGAGAAGAAUGUGGGUGCUGUAGUGCCGCGCCAGUACGAGUGGCCGCUGCCUUGGCCCCGGCGGUGGCUGCCACGCACUCGGAUAUCCUAGCGCCACCUGCACGCUUAGACAAGACCACAGGGUGUGCGAAUCGACUAUGGUGUGAAAGUGCAAAGAAGCGGAACUGUGCGCUCUUGCGGCUCAUCGAAGAGGAAGUAUGGUGCGGCUCCUACGGCGACGACCACAGUGACGGACGGGACUCGUGCUGCCGCUGCUCUGCUGGUGUCAGUGUGUUGCUUUGGAGACAGUCAUAUAGGAAACCGGGUAGAGAAAAAACUGUGUGAACACUCCACUUUCGUGCAGGAACGUUGGCUUUGAAAGCCCGUAACCCUUUGAAUUGCCCAUUAUUUCGCUUUUUUCGUUUGGCCUUCCACUUUUUAGCAACAUACGUGAACUCCAGUUUCAGUGUACAUAGUGUUUUUAAUCGAACCAAUGUGCUUUUUUUUUUUUUUAUGCUUGUACAAAUGUAAUUUUGAGAACGAACUGUGGGGGGGACGAUAUGUUGCAUAAAGUUCACAUUGUUUGUUUGUUGACUGCCUAAGACACUGUCGCUUUUUUCCUGUGCUCGUUUUCGAGUGGGUCUUCGGUUGCUCUUUCUAGAGAUUGCUGUGCGAAACCCUCUGCUUGCCAGCAAAAGAAAAAAAAAAAAAAAAAAAUGUGCCAACCUUCACUUGAGGCACAUGCACAGAUGGUGCCAUUAAAAAUAUAAUUUUUGUAAUGCUUAAAAAAGAAAAGGAAAAAAAAAAGAUUGUUGCGGAAGCAAGAAAAAUAGUUGUGACGGGUGCCUGCCAUCCCAGAUGGUUUCGAGCAUCUAUUGCUCUCUUCACAGCGCCUCCUCAAUGCUUUUAGCAACAAAUAUUGUACAGUGUGUGAAUGGGCUCUGUUCGUGUUUAUUUAUGACAAGGCCGAGUUUAUUUGUACAUAUUCUACCUUUACAGCAGCACACAUCGAUGCCGGCUUAUGUACACAGCAAUAUUUGAAUUGCCUAAAAGUGCACUAUACUGGUUGCGCUUCUCAGGAGAAAGAUAUGAGAUAAAAGAAACCUUUCACAAACCUACGUCAAACUUGGCUCUUCACUCUGGUCUGGUGUUCACCUUUUUCAUUAGUGUUUAAACCCCAUGAUUUUUUGAGUAUUCAUUGUAGGAACAGUGGGCUUCUUAUUAAGCAAUUAUAAUCUGGAAAUGCGCAUUGCAUCAAACUACUCGAAAUCUAGUUGCUGCGGUACGCAAAGUGUUGGUCCCUACCUGUGAUAACCAGAGCAACAGCACUGUAUGUCCUUGCAACUCUGUGUAAAAUAAGCCCGAAGGUUUCAAAUAAACUAUUUUUGUGCUGAG